CGACACUCGAUCCUCCACUCCGACCAUUCCGGUUCGCCGCAUUUCACUCUCUCUCUCUCCACCUCAACUCUCUCCAACUCGUAUGGAAGAAGAAACCAAUGAACCAGGUCUGUCCUUGACCCCCUGAAAAAAAAACCAAAAAAGAUCGUUCGACAUGUCCACUCCGGCCGCUUUCCAGUCUCUCAAAGCUCAGUAUGGUUCCACCCUCCAUCAUUUCAUCACCGCGUCCAGGACCUUUGACCUCUGCGCCUCAAUCCCGCCAUCCACCCCGUCAUCAUCUCCCGCUCCCUCCCGUCUGUACGUCUUGGACUCCUCCUUUAAUCCGCCCACUCUCGCCCAUCGGAGAAUCGCAUGCUCUGCCUUGCGGGAAUUCCAGGACUCGUCCAGACCCGUCCGGUUACUACUCCUCUUAGCGACCCAGAAUGCCGAUAAGCCCGCCAAACCCGCCUCUUUCGAGGACCGUCUGGCCAUGAUGGAUCUGUUCGCCCGGGACCUGCGCGCCCACCUGGCGACGCUCCUCCGCGAGGAUGGCCACCAUGAUGCCAACGAGGAGUCUGCCUUGCCGGUCAUCGACAUCGGCGUCACCAAGCUGCCGUAUUUCAUCGACAAGGCGGCGGCCAUCGACGCCGCCGGGGUCUAUCCCUCCGCCCUGGAGCAGGUCCAUCUCACGGGCUACGACACCCUGAUCCGGAUCUUGGACCCCAAGUACUAUCCACCCACCCACACCCUCCAGCCGUUGGUGCCCUUCCUCACCCACCAUCGGCUGCGCGUCACCAUGCGUCCCGACUCUGAGUGGGGCUCGCGCCGUGACCAGGAGGAGUUCCUGCGCCGUCUGGCUCAGGGCGGUCGGGAGUCCGAGGGUGGUCGUCGGGAAUGGGCGCAACGUAUCCAGCUGGUGGAGGGUCGACAACCCGGUGAUCCGCCCAUCAGCUCGACCCUCGCCCGCCAGGCCUGUCUCUCCCACCCCGAAGACCUAGAUAGGUUGGUCCCGGGCCCUGUGCGGCAGUUCCUCCUCACCCAGCAUCCUUACUCCGGUAACUGAAUCCUCUCUAAUGAAGAGGGUGAUUGGACUCGGAACGCAUCAUAUAUAUCUCAGCCGGCGACCGGUCGCGCCGCCGUAGUAGUACAGUAAUCGUCGUAUCAUACAUAUCAUACAUAAUAGAUCGAUGGAUGGAUCGAUGGACCGCAAAGAUCACGCAAUCCAUGAUACCUGCCACUUCUUUUUCCUUCUUACACUCACCCUCUACCCAUCCCCUGCCGUCCUCGCGCCCCAGCAUCCUACCAUCC